AUGCUCUUCUACGCCGGCGUCACGAAGCGCGUCGGCGACGUAGACAGCGGCACGACGACGACGGACUUCAUGGCGGAGGAGGCGAACCGCGGCAUCACGAUUCAGUCCGCGGCGGUCUCCCUUCGGUGGCGGGAUCACAGCAUCAACCUGAUCGAUACCCCAGGCCACGUGGACUUCGCCGUUGAGGUGGAGCGGGCGAUGCGUGUUGUGGACGGUGUCGUGGCGCUUUUCGACGCGUCUGCCGGUGUGCAGGCGCAGAGCUACACGGUGCUGCAGCAGAGCCGCAGGUUCCACACGCCGGUGCUCGCCUUUCUGAACAAGAUGGACAAGUACAACGCCGACUUUGCCAUGUCUGUAGCCUCGAUUCGCACCAAGCUUCAGGUAGAGCCGCUGCUGCUGCAGAUACCGCUCCAUGCCGAGGACGGCGGCUUUGCUGGCGUGGUCGACAUCGUGGAGCAGGCGACGUGCUGCUUUGGCGGCGAUCACGGCCUCGAGGUGCGGCGAACGGACCUCAGCGCCGCCAGUGCCUCGCCAUGCUCGACAGGCGGCAGCGCUACGGAUCACGAGCUGGCGCACGUGACUCGCGCCAUGCGCAAGGCGCGCCACGACCUCGUCACCCAGCUCACCGCUGUCGACGAUGCGCUCUCGGAGGCGUUCAUAGCGGAGCUGGACGCCACGGACGGCGAUGAGGCUGAGGCGGAGCGGCGUCUCUCCACGGGGGCGCUGCGCGCCGCGGUGCGUCGGGCCGUGGUGCACCCGCCACGCGAUAGACCGCCGCUCAUCCCGGUUCUGUGCGGCGCCUCUCGUCGCGACCAGGGCGUGCAGCCGCUGCUCGACGCUGUGGCGUACUACCUGCCCUCGCCGUGCGACCGGCAGCUGACCGGGUUCACGAAAGAUGGCGUGCCGGUGCCCCUUCCGCCUGCCUCGGGCUCGCCGACGGUGCCGACGGUGGCGCUCGCCUUCAAGGUAAUGCACAUGAUGCACCCAGGCAAGGGGCAGCGCCUCCCGCUCGUGUUCCUGCGCGUGUACAGCGGCAAGAUCAGCCCUCGUAUGCGCCUGGAGAACAACAGUCGGCAAAAGUCUGAGGUUGUGGAGAGGCUUUAUGUGAUGCACGCCAACCAGCCGGUGGAGGUGCCGCACUUAGAGGCUGGCCAAAUCGGCGCGGCCUUCCUGGCCCACGCGUGCACCGGCGACACCCUCUUCAGCCAGCCGACGCAGCACCUUCUGCAGGCUAAGCAGCAUGUGCGGCGCGGCGACGUUAAGGAGGAGGUGCACACGCUGGAGGGCAUUAACGCCCCGCCAGCCGUCAUCUCCUUCUCCAUCGAGGCUGCCACACCCAGCCAGGUCGAAGUGCUGAAGAGCGCCCUGUCCGAGCUCUCCAGGGAGGACCCCAGCCUGCGUGUCGCUGAGAGCGAGCAGGGGACGAUGGUGGUGAGCGGGAUGGGGGAGCUGCACCUGGAAAUUGUCAUGUCGCGGCUCGCGAACGAGUACCAGGUGAGGUGCCGGCUGCUGCGCGCCAUCAUCGAGUAUCGGGAGACGAUUCGAGUGACCCAGUCGAUGGAGAAGUACACGUGCUUACUGAACGACCUACCCUACGCCGAGUGCUCGCUCGAGCUGCGGCCGCUGCUGGCGAACGGAGAGCGGUGCGACGCCAAGGACAAGUGCCGCUUCCGCAUCGACAGCGCCUUUGAAGAGGAGUUUCUGAGCGGCGGGGGGGUGCAGUCGCGGGGUGGCGGCCACUCCGGUGGGGCUCGUACGAACGCCGUGCGCAACGCCAAAGAGGAGCUGCGCAUCAUUGCGGCGUCCUUUCAGUCCGCUGCUGACGCGUGCCUGCGGCUGGGCCCUCUGGCGGGGCUGCCGAUGCACGGCGUGGAGGUGGUGCUGCGGUACUUCCGCAAGACGGCCGGCUCACAGCUGCAGGAGAAGCCGCUGACCCACGUCGCCCGCUCGGCGCUGCUGAGUGUGCUCAGGGCAACCCGCAAGGGCGACCUGGCGCUGCUGGAGCCCAUGAUGAGGGUGGAGGUGCACCUUUCCGAUAUCGCCUACAUCGGUAACGUUGUCAGCUCCCUCAACGAGCAUCAUGCGCUGACCGUUGACAUGCAGGAGGACGGGCGGUCCGUGGCGGCUGUCGUGGCGUUGCGCAACACCCUCCGCUUCGCAAUGGAGCUGCGGAAGGCAGUGAAGGGGCACGCAAACAUGUUUGUGAAGCUGCACGACUACCGAGUUGUGGAGGAGAAGGCUGUGCUGGCGCGCAUCUUGAAGAACCUCGGCAUCGUGGGCUAG